AUUUUGAUCAUUCAUGUCAAACCUGUUGCAUAAUUUGCGCGUCCGAAAAUAAUUACAAGUUUAGGUAUAUUGAGCCAUUUCCAAAAAUGUUUAUCAGAAUAGGAUUAUUAUUGGUGAUAUUAGCAAGCAGUGAUGGUGUUUUAUACUCAAGUUUCUGGGCUCCACUGUUUAAUCCGAGGAUACUGAAUUACCGUGUGGAUGCUGCGAUGGACCCCGACGCGGGAAGAGGCAACAGAGAAGCUUAUGUGAAUAACUACGGCGCGCGGGGCGAGAGACUGAUCGCCGACCUCGGCAAUGGUAAAGGCCCUGCAGAUAUUCCACUGAUUGCUAAGAGGACUGAAGAUGUGAAGUUUUACUAUACAUACCCUGGAGCCAGACAAGACAGUAGGUGAUGAGAGUGUAUUUUUGAUACCCCGUGUAAGAGAACAUAAAUAAUACAUUAAAUAUUGGUAU